AUGGCCGCCUCGACAGAGUCAUACCUCAUCAUAGGCGCUGGCGUUUUUGGCGCCUCCACAGCCCUGCACUUAGUCCGCGCCUAUCCCGACGCCAGCAUCACCCUCGUCGACCGUAACGCCUAUGACGCCCCGAUCCGCGUCGCCGCCUCCUGGGACUGGAACAAGGUUGUGCGCGCCGACUAUGUUGAUAUUGAGUACAUGCGCCUCUGCCUCGAAGCCAAAAAGUACUGGUCCGAGGACCCGAUCUGGAAAUCAUACUACCACGAAAGCGGCGUCUACUGGGUCUCGCCGAAUAACUUUGCAGAACAAAUGCAAGAGAACUACAAGAAGCUCGGAGUCGACUCUGGGUUGUUCUCUUUCUCUGUCGAGGAGGCGAAGAAGCAGUAUGGCGGCAUCUUCAAGGAUGCUGAUUUCACUGAUGUGAAGGAGGUCUUUGUCAAUAAGAAUAGUGGAUGGGGUGAGGCGAAGGAGGCAUUGCAGAGAACGAUCGAAGAGGCUGUGAAGCUCGGGGUGAAGUACAUUGAGGCAGAAGUUGAAAAAAUCGAGUUCGAUGACGAUGGUGCUGCAACCGGUAUCAAGACGUCAAAGGGCGAGAGUCUUACCGCCUCACGAGUUAUUCUGUCAACAGGCGCUUACACGGCUAAGUUGCUUGCUGAUAGCGCACCCGCAAGAAAAGAUCUUCAAGCUGGUGACAGGUUCGUAGCAGCAGCUGUUACCGAGGGGUUUACGCCUGUCUCUGGGGAGAAUGCAAAGGACUAUUACGACGGGCCAGUUGGCAUCUCCAUGGUGCCGCCAUCGAGAGGCGCAAGCAACGGAAGUGUUCCCCAUUCCGAAGACAAGACCUUGAAGUUCUGGGGUCAGAUCAUCUUCAGAAACACUCAGACUCAUGCAAACGGAAGCCAGAUAUCUGCACCUCCCCCGGCAGUUGACUAUGCGCAGCUCGAGGUACCAGAUACUCUGAAAGAAGAUGUUGACUUUGCUGGAAAGAGCCUGUUUGGGAAAGGAAGCGAAACAUUCAAGAACGAGAACUAUCGUAUCUGUUGGGAGGCUGUCACGCCCGAUGAAGACUUUAUCAUCUCCCCACACUCUGCAAGCAAGAAUCUCUACGUCGCAACCUGCGGAUCUUUUCACGGCUGGAAGUUCCUGCCCAUCCUGGAUGUGCAUGCGCACUACGUCCCAGACUUCUAUGCGCAAGCGCUCAGAGACGCUGGGCAUUUACCUGGGCCCGAUGGCAUGCCCGGGAUUCCCGAAUGGACGCCCGAGGCACAUCUCAACUUCAUGGAUGCCCAGGAUAUCGAGAAAUCGUCCUUGUCCAUCUCCAGCCCGGGGGUAUACCUGUCCGUACCAUCAAAGUACGCGACUGAGAAAGCCAUCAAACUCGCACGUCAAGUAAACGAAUAUGCAUCAGAAUUAAAAUUUAAGUAUCCCGACAAUUUUGGCUUCUUUGCAUCCCUUCCCCUCCCAGAUGUGAGCGCGUCCGUCGAAGAAAUCAAAUACUGCUUCACCCAACUCGACCCGAAACCUGACGGCAUCGUGCUCAUGUCCAACUUUUACGGGAUGUACCUCGGCGACCCGGACCUCGAUCCAGUGUACAAGGCACUGAACGAGGUGAACGCCACAAUCUUUGAGCAUCCUACCACACCUUGUACCGAGCACAACCAUUUGAGAUUCUCAAUCGACGGAGAAGACCCCGGUAUCGCACCGCCGGAAUGGCUUACCCUGAACAGGCCGGUGGCAGGACGGCAAGGGCGAGCGCCGACAAUCGACUUCCCCUUUGACACAGCACGCACAUUUGCAGACUUAUUCUACUCCAAGAUUCCGACACGGUUCCCUCGCAUCAAGUGGAUUAUGCCUCAUGCCGGCGGCGGUCUUGUUCCUACUCUGGAUCGGAUUGUCAGUUAUAGCACGCCGGAUGUCAAUCUCACGGAGUCGUUUAUGAAAGCUACAUUGGCAGAAAACUUUUACUUUGACCUUGCUGGACCUUGGCCGGUUACCUGGGCGAUUUCUCCUCUGCUUCGGUGGGUGAGCUAUGAGAAGCUGUUGUGGGGGACGGAUACGCCUUUCACGCCUUGGGCCAUGGCUGAGGCUGGGAGAGUCAAGUUUGAUCAAGAUAUUGAGGAGGCUUUCAACGACACCAGCAAGGUCGAAGCUGUGAGAAGGAGCAAUGCUGCGAAACUAUUCGGAUGA